GUUUAUAAUGUUUACGUAAUUGUAAUAAUUUUGUACCUAUUAACGUCCCUUACUUAUGGAAGUUCCAGUAAUUCUAUCCAACAUUUUGGCCCCACAUUGCCCUCAUUUCAUUCUCCUUCUCAUGUAUUUGUUGAUCUGAUCUUCUUCUAAGAUUCCCUAUAUGAUGAUGCCAUGAUUGCUUCUUUUUCUCUUAGCUCCAAACUAUCUUAUAUUCAUAUCUCAUAAUAUAUUUGUUUGUUGCUUAUUAUCUUGAUUUACCACAUUGUGUUGUUAUCUUUCUUGUAUAUCAAGAUUGGAUUUUCGCGUUUAAGGUUUCGUUCUUGAAUUGUUAUUCCAUGUGUUCUUGCUCGUUGCAACUGAUUUUGAGUAAAAGGAAGUAUCGGUUAUUCGAGGUAGGUUGAUUGUUUGAUUUGUUGUGGUUCAAUUACUUGAGGAAUUGUUCUGCUACUUGAUAGCUUUGGUGGAAGGGAAAUUCUGGGUAAUACGCGAGCUAUGAAAUGGUUCGUGUGACUGAAAUUUUGCGUAGUUUAGUAUUUACUAGUCUAGUGUAUUCACGUUAGUGGAGCAUUGAGAGAGGGAAAAGAUGAAGACGGAGAAAGAUGAAGAGAGGCAUAUGGAUCCUUUGUUUCCUAGAUUACAUAUAAAUGAUGCAGAUAAAGGAGGGCCAAGAGCACCUCCAAGGAACAAAAUGGCUCUUUGUGAACAGUCGUCCAGAUCGUCACAAAGUUUCACCUCUACUUCUGCUCCUACACCGCGAACAAUGUCAAUGCUGCCUCUCCCGCCUAAUGGUGGAAACUCUAUCCCUGCAGCAUCUCCUAGUCUUAUUGAGUGAAUCUGUUUAUCCCCUUCAUUGCCAACUCAAGGUUGGUUGCAACAAAAGGAACUAUUUUUCCCACAAUGCAUCCGAGUCUUCUCAUUUCGUUGAGAUACUUCAUCCGUAUUCUUCUGGAGGGAUGAACUUUACAAUGAGACGUCCUGAUGUACCACCAGUGAAGUCGCUAAAUCCUCAAGUUUUAUGUCUUAAAGGGAAUUUGCGUGGUACAUCUCAGCUUAAUCCUAUUCAGUCGCACAGUUUAUCAUACUCCAAUAGUAACCCUACUGCCAACAAGUUUGGAAGGGAAAAUGAUUUUUGUGGUCAAUCAGGGAAACCUCUAUAUCAUGGUAACAUACAUAAAAAUGCGGACAAAGAAAAAGUGGCUAUAUCAAGCCAAAAACCUUCUUUGAAAUUUCAAAGUGUUUUCGAAAAGCAAUUUAAGGAUACAGGCAGUACGCAAGUAAAGUGCCGGGAGUAUAAUAUAAAUCAAGCUGGAGAUAUAGCUAAGUGCCAAAAGAGAGAGCAUUGUGUUAAACUACCUGCUCCUCAUCUGUCAACUAUAGAGACGACAGUGGUGCGUGAAGCUCCAAGUCCAGGACAUAGCAAGCUAAAUAUUAAACCAUUUGUAUCAAGAGCUCCGGAAAAUAGAUGUGGUCUGGUAGGUGAUUUGAAUAGAUGUAGUGAUUCUAAUUCUGAAUCGGAUGAAGAUUCUUGGAUUCAACACAAAAGGAAGGCCGUGGAAGAUGUUACAUAUGCGAAACAUGAAGAUGCCACGACUAAUAGAUGUUCUUCCAGAAUGGAAGGUCCGUCAUGCUCCUUUCUACCUCACAGAGACAACCAACAAAGUCCUAAGAGAGUUAAAUCCUCUUCUGGCUGUCCUGAAGACCAGAUUAGUGGGCCUCCAGAUGUAGGAGGUGCAGACAGAAGCGAGGGGAUCUCAGAAGCUUCGUCCUUGAACUCUAAAUUAGUAGAAAAAAUGUCUUCAGAUAAUGUCAUAGCAUUGAUAGGUCAAGAACUAUUCUGGAAAGCAAGAAGAACCAUUGCACACCAGCAGCGGAUCUUUGCAAUACAACUAUUUGAGCUACACAGACUAACAAAGGUACAGAAAAUGAUAGCCAGAUCACCAGAUAUAUUGUUCAAAAGCAAUUUCUAUAUCAACCAACCUUCUAUCAAAUUUUCUUCCUUGAAGAAUUUGCCAUGUGAUGAUGUUCUUGAGCCUCCUGUAGUAGCUGUCGGACAAAAGAUUUCUCCAAAACCAAACAAUUUUGAGAUUCCAAUAGAUAAUGUUUUUCUUCCCCUCCCCAAAGAUGAUGAUAAGAAUAGUAUACCACAGCAGCCAGCUCAAAAACCAAAUGUAGGGACACCAACAUCGAGAUCUUUUGUAUCCGAUCCAAAAUUAGCACCUCGGUGCUUCCAACCACCUCCUGGAUAUCAGUGGUUAGUUCCAAUAAGGUCACCUUCUGAAGGACUUGUUUAUAAACCUUAUACAGGACCUUGUCCACCGCCUGGAGGGAUCAUAGCACCAGUUUAUGGUAGUUGCAGGUCUGUCAUUCCAUCUCCCACAGGUGGAGAGUUUGCGAAUGUGCCUUAUAGUGUACCGACUUCUCACAAGCAAGGUGUUGGGAUUUUUCCUGGUCCUGCAAUAUUUGAUCAGUCCUGCAUUCAACCUUAUUCCAUGCCUGUGAUAAAGCCAUCUGCUUCAAGUUCAGCUAUCGAGCAAAUGAAUCCACUUUCCAGAAUCAAGUCAAAUGAGAAGGAGAAUAGUCCACUUAUGCAUGAUGUCAACUCAGUCAGGCCUCAUCAAAUAUCAUGCAACAUAUCAUGCCAGAAGAGCGCGGUCAUGUCAGAUUGUGAUCGAACUUUUCAGGUGGAUAGAGCGAGUGACAUGCAAGGAAGUACUGCAAGUAGUCCUCCUGAGAGGGCACAAAAGGAUGCACUCUCUCUUUUUCCUAUCACACCAACUGCAAAAGGUUCAGAUCAACCAGUUCAAGAUAACGACACCGAGCAGCGAAUACAAGUGAUCAAGGUUGUGCCCCAUAACUCAAAGUCAGCAUCUGAAUCUGCAGCUCGGAUUUUUAGGUCUAUACAAGAAGAAAGGAAAUUGAAUUACUAGUAUGCAAAACCUUACAACUUAAUCUUGUAAGAAAAGCUCUUUCUGCUGUAUCGUUUCCCUUAUCUAAAGUUCAUUUUUUUGGUUUUCCUCUUGGAUUAAAGAUUCUUUACUGUAUAUACAUUCAAUGGGAAGUGAAAAGAAUACAGAUUCAUUCUUUUUCUA